AUGGGUUCAGCAUUCAUCGUCUCUAUCUUUCUGAUUUUGAUGCUAAGGCUGGGGGCACAAAGCAAUGAUCUAACUUUCACAGAGCACCUAGGCCAUGGAGAGAAUGUCACUUUGAGGUGGGGGUUCGACCAACUCCAGAAUGAGAUCACCUUUGAGCUGACGGUGAAGACCAUGGGGUGGGUAGGACUCGGGUUCAGUCCCAACGGGCGCAUGGCUGGGGCAGACAUUGUCAUUGGAGGGGUGGCCCCAAAUGGAAGCACAUAUUUCACGGACCGUCAUGCUGUGGGGAACUCACUCCCCCUAGUGGACAAGAGGCAGAGCUGCACUCUCUUGUCUCUGACAGAGGGUGACGGUCAAACAACGAUGAAGUUCCGAAGACCCAUGAAAUCCUGUGAUGAUGAGGAUUUCCUCAUAUCUGCAUCUCUCAUCAACCUGAUAUAUGCAUUUGGCUUGACGGAUGAAAUUGAGAACCAUGCUAGUCGCAGAGGAACAAAGAAAUUGAACCUACUGAAGUAUUCACCCCGGACAAAUCCCCUAAGCAGCAAUUACUUUGAUUUGAGAGCCAGUAAUUUUACGAUACCUGCAGUGCACACACACUACCACUGCUGGAUUAUGAAGACUCCAACGCUUGGGGCAAAGCAUCACAUCUAUCGGAUUGAGCCAAUCAUACGACACAUUGACAUUGUCCACCAUAUUAUAAUGUACGGAUGCCAUUUCAGUGUGAAUGAGACCACAGAUGGGGCAUGUUACACAUCACCAAUGCUGUCCUACAUGUGCCCACGAGUGAUGGCUGCAUGGGCAGUUGGAGGAGAGGUUAUAGACUUUCCAGAAGUUGCUGGCCUUUCCAUCGGUGGAGAAAAAGACAUAUCUUACUACAGGCUGGAAAUUCAUUACAACAAUCCGGAGAACACUGCAGGUCGCAUAGAUGACUCUGGCCUGCGAUUCUAUUAUACGUCAGUCCUCCGCCAGUUUGAUGCCUCUAUCCUGGAUGUCGGUCUUAUCGUCAGUGAAAAUUAUGUCAUCCCCCCAGAUGCAAAGGCUUUUACGAGUUAUGGUGUGUGCAACACUUCAUAUUUUCCUCAGCUUAUUAAAGGUCCCAUGCCUGAUCUCAACAUCUUCAUGACACUAUUGCACACACAUCUUGCUGGACGGAAGAUUCGAGUGGGUCUAUUCAGGAAUGGAAUGCAAGUUGAUUUCGUGGAUUUUGAAGAAAACUAUGAUUUUGACUUACAGCAAGCUAGGUUUCUGGGAAACAUAAAAUCAGUAAAGGAGGGUGAUGAAAUUGUGGUUGAAUGCACAUACAACACCACAAAUCGCACCAAACGAACUACGUUAGGACUUUCAACCACAGAUGAGAUGUGCUUUGCUUUCCUAUACUAUUAUCCGGCCAUUGACAUCGGCAGUUGCUGGAGUAUACCAGAUAUACAGAGUCUGGAAGCAUCUAUGGGUGCAUCAAAGCAUAAGGAGGCCCUUUUAAUGUAUGAGGCGAAGAGUUGGAAUGACGCCUCCAUUGAAGAGCACCAGAAUAAACUGAAAAGCGCUCAACAAUUCAUCAUGAUAUCAAACACACACCUGAAUCAGCAGUGGCAGGAGGCACGUGCACAGCUGGUCUUGUGCUGGAGCUCCAAGCCAGGAGGGGGUGCUCAGGACAAGUUGGGCUAG